AUGGCGCCGAUUAAGUUCGGUCUUUUCAAAGCCAGGAGUAGAGACCAGCAGGAGCAACCGUCUACUGAAAAUCUUCUACAGUCAAGCCAUAGCAUCGAUCAAGCCGGCACCCCUGACUCACCAAUACCAUCAACCAGCAAGGGUCUAGUGGAGGAUUUGUCACCUCUGGACUUUGCUGAAUUGAACCUGAAUGAUACUGAUGAUGAUAACCCCUCUCUAACAUCAACAUCUACCCUCAACGAAAACCACAUAUGUGAACCAUCUACACACAGAGUCGCCUCCACGUCCUACGACGCACACUCCUCACAAUUAGACAUAAACUCGUCACAGUUUGACAUUAACUCCUCACAAUUUGACAUUGACUCCUCACAAUAUGACAUAAACUUCGACGCGUCAUCGAUCACGCCUAGCGAGGAUUUGUCUGUCUACUGUGCGAUGAUGAAGAAGCCAAAGAAAAGUAGGUCUAAGGAACAGCAUUUGAGGGAUAUUGGUAUGUGGCAAGCGACUAAUAUCGAGGUGAUGCAGAAUCUCCUAUACCGUAGCGGAACACUGGACGAACAAAUAAAAUGGGAGGCAAUCGCCACCGCGCGUGGUUUGUGCACGCUAACAGACAAUUGUACAUGCGCCGACUGCUCUGGGGCAAAAUACAUGGCCGGGAUCAUCGACGAUGACGGGGGCGACAUGGCGACGGCACCGCUUCUCAGCGCCCUCAACUUGGGAUGUCAAAUACAAUAA